AUGACCUCUGCAACAGUUGCUUUGUUAACCUCAUAUAAAUUAAAAUUACAACAUUUACAAAAAAGUGGUGGUACAAUGCAAAAUAAAAUUUCCACAUCAUCAUCACCAAUUAUAGAUAAUGUCAUUCAAGCAGAUUCUAUUAAUAAAAGAAUAAGAUGGACUGAUUUAGAAUCUGCAUUUCAAAAGCGAAUGACAACUGGAAUGUUCGAAAAAAGUGCUAUUAAACUCAACACAAUUUUAGCAUGUAAUUUUGAAAUCGUUAAAGAGGAAGAAAUUAUGAUUGAAACGAAAUAUUUUACUGAUGGAUGCAUAGGAAUUCUACAAUCAACAGAUUUAGAUGAAGUAUUGACGAAAAAUUUUGAAAAAUGUAAUCUCAAUUAUCAAGAGUCUUGCGCAAUAGCUGUUGUUUUUCAUGGUCUGAGUAAUUAUGAUAGCCACUUUUUAAUUAAACAGUUAAAAAAACAAUUUCCAGGAACGAUUGACUUAUUAGCACUUAAUAAAGAGAGCUAUAUAAGUUUCACUAAACAUGUAAAAAGUACUAGAAUUAGAUUCCGUUUUAUAGAUUCAUAUAAAUUUAUGGCAAGCUCAAUUAGCACGCUAGCAAAUGAAUUAGAAGAUAAAGAUAAAAGUAUCAGUCUUAGUUUUUGCAACAAUCUAGAAGAAUUUAAAUUGAUUACUAAAAAAGGAUUAUUCCCAUAUGACUACAUUGAUUCUUGGGAAAAAUUCAAUGAACAACAAUUACCUUCAAAACUUGAUUUUUAUUCACAAUUAUAUGAGGAACAUAUAACUGAAAUUGAUUAUAAUCAUGCUUGCAAUGUUUGGGAAAAAUUUCAUAUAAAAAAUUUAGGCGAGUACUCAGACUUAUAUCUGCGUACUGAUGUUCUUUUGUUGGCUGAUAUUUUUGACAAUUUUAGAUAUUUUUGUUUAAAAACGUAUGAGUUAGAUCCAGCUCACUAUUUUACAUUGCCGGGAUUAAGCUUUAACGCUAUGUUGAAAUUCACAGAAAUUGAAUUAGAAUUGAUAACUGAUGCUGAUAAAUUAUUGUUUAUUGAAGGAGGUAUUAGAGGAGGUUUAUCACAAUGUUCACAUCGCCAUGUUAUCGCAAAUAAUAAAUAUAUAAGCGAAUAUAAUCCGAACAUUGAAGAUUCUUAUUUAAUGUAUUUUGAUGUAAAUAAUUUAUAUGGAUUUGCAAUGGCUUCUACUCUACCAGUAAGUGAUUUUCAGUGGGAAGAAAAUUUUGAUAUACACUUACCAUUAGCGCCAGAACGUCGAAUACCACCUCUAUCAACAAGUAAAUGUCCAAAAUUAUUAGCAACGCUUUACAAUAGAGAAAAAUAUAUCAUUCAUUAUAAAAAUUUAAAACAAUAUGUAUCUCUAGGAAUGAAAAUUAGAAAAUUAUAUAGAGUUUUGAAGUUUAAACAACGAGCAUGGUUGAAACCUUAUAUUGAUUUGAAUACGGAAUUGCGAACUAAGGCAACAUCACUUUUUGCUAAAAAUCUUUUUAAAUCAUUAAUAAAUAUAUCUUUCGGAAAAAUGUUGGAAUCAACUCGUUCGCAAAGAAUAAUAAAAUUAGUUUCUAGAUAUGGAGUACGUGGUGGAGCAAGAGCUCUAAUAUCAAAGCCCAAUUUUCACAGUGCACUAAUCAUAGAUGAUUGA